ACUUGGAUGAUUUCGCUAGAACGAAUUCCAUCGGGGGAAUUCCCUAAAUGGAACACAAAUCUUCAAGAAAACGCUGAAAGUAGGCCUUUGGUCAGACAGUCAGAAUGGAUUUGGAUCUUAUCUUCGAAAAUGCCGUCAGAUAUUUGAAUUUCAAUGAAAAAGCAGAUGUAAACUGGAAAGAGUCUGAUAUAAUUGGGAUGAAAGGAACAUUAUCUUUGCUACAAGAAAAUAAUUUAUUAGAAUAUUAUGAACUUCUUCUUUAUGAUAAUUUUCGAGAAGAUUUAAAAGAAAGAAUUGUUCCCAUAUUUCGUAAACAAGUUCUAUUCGGAGGAGUGACAAGACUUGCAGAAGCAGUGAAAUCAUUACAUCAAAAUAUUGCAUGGUACACCAAACUGAUAGAAUUAUGGCCUGAUAAUCACAGAUGUGCUGCAAAAAUUAGAGAAAUUUUUAUCUCAUGUUUGUUGUGGGAUCUUGAUUCGAAGAUGAAAAAUGUUUUUGCUGAGUUUUACUCUCAUGCAUUUCAAGUUGAUACUUGGAUAUCAGGGCAAGAUUCGAGCUUGUCAGAUAUUUCUAUGGAAGAAGAAAAUUCCUCUGAAGGGGAAUCAGUAGAUCAUAUUGUUCUGGAAUGGAAUGGCAAAACACGCAAAAUGCUGAAAAAAGAUUGUGCAGAUUAUAUACAAAAUGAAUUUACACCUUUGGCAUCAACAUAUUUAUUUGAUCUAGAUUUGUUGUUUCUUCUUGCUGAACAACCUGUAUCACAAGUAUUAGAAAUUGAGAUCAAACGUUAUGUGGAAAAAACUUGUAAAGGAAAAUAUGAGAAAUCAUGGAUCCACUCUCAUCUAAAAACAUGGAUUGAAACUCAAGUUAUGACAUGGCUGGAAAAAAUAUUUGGAAGAAAAUGGGAAGAGGCAAGUGAAGCAGAAUGGUGUGAAAUUGGAGGUCGGAGUAAAACAGCAAGUUACUCAAAAAAUCGUUGGAAUCAAAAAUUAUUGUUUAUUCUGUAUGAAACGUAUACAGAAAUGAGAAUUAGUGAAAUGUUUCGAAUUAUUACAGAAUUCCCUGAAAGCUCGCCAGCAAUAGAAGAUCUCAAGUUAUGUUUGGAACGAACAAAUCAACGUCCUUUUUUGAUCAAGACUUUGAAAAAAGAUUUGUCAAAUAGAGUUUUGCAUCCAGGGGUCUGUACAGAGGACAUAAUUACAAUGUAUAUCAGUGCAGUGAAAGCAUUACGGUUACUUGAUCCCAGUGGUGUUGUGAUGGAAAUCGUACUGGAAGGAUAUACUAAAUAUUUAAAGGAACGAGAUGACACUGUGAAAAAGAUUAUGGCUGCUCUAUUGGAUGAAGAUCGUGAUAACGAUUUAGCAAUUGAAUUAGCUCGUGGCACCAGUGAAGCAGAUAUCGUGGCACCCAUAAGUGCCACAGCUUCUGCUGAUUCAAAUUUUGUUGAAGUCACAAAGCGAUAUAAGAAGUGGGUUCCAGAUCCAAGGGAAGCGGAUCCAGAUAAGGCAGACAAAUCGAGACGAACGUCAGACAUUAUAUCAUUACUUGUUGGAAUGUACGGGAGCACAACUUGUUUCAUUGAAGAAUAUCAAGAAUUAUUGAGUCGUAGAUUGCUUUCCAACUGGUGCUCAAACACCAGUGAAGAUGCAGAAAUCAAAAACCUUGAACUAUUAAAAUUAAGAUUUGGAGAAGAAGACAUGGGUAAAUGUGCUGUCAUGUUAAAGGAUGUAGCAGACAGUCGUCGGAUCAACACUUAUGUCAAAGAUGAGUAUUCUAAAAAGAGUGAAGUUCCGGUUGAAAAUAAGCUUGAUGUAAGUACUCUGAUAGUAUCCUCGGAAUAUUGGCCUGCACCAGCAUUUCAAUCACAUGAUAUAAAUCUACCUUCGGCUAUACAAAGUGCACUUGAUAAUUUCAAUAAAGGAUACGAGUCACAUAAGGCAUCAAGAUCAUUGAAAUGGAUUCACAGUGCUGGUCGUGUUGAUAUUGAACUUGAAUUGAAAGAUAGAACCCUACAAUUUCAAGUCACUGUGUUACUGGCAUCAAUAAUUUCUCUAUUUCAUGACAAAGAAACAUGGACUCUGGAAGAAAUAAGCAAUGAAGUGAAAGUUUCUGCAACAGUGUUGAAGAGAAAAAUUGUUUAUUGGUUACAACAAGGCAUUCUUAAAGAGACUGCUCCUGACACUUACUCAAUCAUAGAAGAGCAGCCAGUUGGAUCAAUGCCCCAAAAUUCAGCUGCUACUAAAAACGACCUUGCAAAUUUACUUGAGGAAGAUGAGGAAGAAGAAGAUACAAAAGCUGAUGACUUGAAACAAAAACAGCAAGAACAGGUAUUAUGGAACUACGUGCAAGGGAUGUUAAUGAAUUUUGAAUCGCUACCUCUCGAUCGCAUACAUAAAAUGUUGAAGAUGUUCGCAAUGCAAGAUUCUACAAUGAAACUCGAUCAACCAAAACUAAGAAUAUUUCUAAACAGUCGCGUUCAGUCUGGGCUUCUAUCCAUAGAGGGAGGAAAAUAUCGGAUUAACAAAGAUUCAUGAUGAACAAUGACAUCUUGAAGUCUUAUUGUUGUAUAUUUUUUAAAUUGAUGCUUUUUUCAAGUUCCUCAACGAUGUUCCUUAUGGUGGGAAAUAUUGUUGUUUGUGUUCGGUGUACAUCAAGUAAAUGUUGAGGAAAAUAGAGCUGUCCUCUUCAUGUUUAUAACAAUUGUAGAACAGUUUUGAUACUAUAAUUGAGUACCUUCAUCUUGUUUGCGCUAGAUGUUCGAAUUCUGUUGUUUUAUACAUAUAAAAGAAACUGUAUAUCAAAACAAAAACAAUACUCGACUUCAAUCACCAUCUGUUCCUAUGCACUGCUGGGUUAGUUUCUCCAUUUUUGAUACUUAGCUGGAGUUGAGAUUAUGGUAUCAACGAUAUGCAUUUGCCCAAUGCGACGAAAACGAAACAAUCUCAAUUAAAUUGGAUGGCCAAUAACUUUUCACUAUUGAAAUUACACAUUCAUACAUAUGAUAUGCCCUCAUGGUCAUCACCAAGGCUGCCAUAACGUCCUUUCUUCCUAAGAAACAUCCUUAUUUCAACAUGUGUCCUUAUUUUUGUUUCAUUUUAUAGGUUCUAAUACCGGGCACUCAGAUUGGUCAAUUCAAAUGAUAUUUUAGAACCUAAUUGAUUGUUUAAGUGAACUUAGUAGUGUGAUGAAACAGAUAGUUUCUAAGAAUAAAGAACUGCUGGUGCAAAUCCUUGCUAGUGCAAAGUAUGAUUAGACAUGGGUCGGGCUGGCAUGUAUACAUUUUGUCUGUUACAUUUCGUUCUUUGUUAUCUUAUUGUGGUUCAUAUCAAUAGCAACCCUGGUUAUCACCAAUAUAUUAAAUAUGAAAGCAUGACCGACGGAAGCAAAUAAACUGGUAAUAAAGCUUAAAAUGUG